GUCACUUCUCUCAGGCUCUCCCAUGAGGCCAGCGAGCAGCGGCCCCGGCUGCGGCGCCGCGGGAGAGACUUCUAGCCUGCUCGUCUAGCGUGAUGGCUGUGGACAUAGAAUACAGGUACAGCAGUAUGGCCCCUUCUCUACGCAGAGAACGUUUCACCUUCAAGAUCUCCCCAAAACUGAGCAAGCCACUGAGGCCUUGUAUUCAACUGGGUAGCAAGGAUGAAGCCAGCGGAAUGGUGGCCCCCGCGGUGCAGGAGAAGAAGGUGAAGAAGCGGGUGUCCUUCGCUGACAACCAGGGGCUGGCCCUGACAAUGGUGAAAGUGUUCUCGGAAUUCGAUGACCCACUAGAUAUACCGUUUAACAUCACCGAGCUCCUAGACAACAUCGUGAGUCUGACGACAGCAGAGAGUGAGAGCUUUGUUUUGGAUUUCCCGCAGCCUUCUGCAGAUUACUUAGACUUUAGAAAUCGACUUCAGACCAGCCAUGUCUGCCUCGAAAACUGUGUCCUGAAGGAUAAAGCCAUCGCGGGCACCGUGAAGGUCCAGAACCUGGCAUUCGAGAAGGUUGUGAAGAUCAGGAUGACAUUUGACACCUGGAAAAGCUUCACAGACUUCCCUUGUCAGUAUGUGAAGGACACUUAUGCUGGUUCAGACAGGGACACGUUCUCCUUUGACAUCAGCUUACCCGAGAAAAUUCAGUCCUAUGAAAGAAUGGAGUUUGCCGUGUGCUAUGAGUGUAACGGCCAGGCGUACUGGGACAGCAACAAAGGCAAAAAUUACAGGAUCAUCCGGGCUGAACUCCGAUCCACUCCGGGAGUGAUUGAGCCGUACAAUGGACCAGAUUUUGGAAUCUCUUUUGACCAGUUUGGGAGCCCUCGGUGUUCCUUUGGCUUGUUUCCAGAGUGGCCUAGUUAUCUGGGAUAUGAAAAGCUAGGACCCUAUUACUAAUGACAGCAGUUGACAGUCUGUGGCUCUGAUCAAGAUGGCGGAGAGAUCACAAGGCCAGAGGGAAGUUGAACUGCCUUUAGGCGUGGUUUUUGAAAAGACAGGAUCCUGUUCACCUUUUUCAUAAACCAGCAAGUCCAGUGUGUUUCCAUCACACCUGGUUCCUUGCUCAGAGGAGAGGAGGCGUGCUGAUCUUCUGUGGCAUCCGGGUUGGCCGCAAGGGAAUGCACAGGAUGGUGCCAGAAGGGUCUGGAGAAGAGCCAAGCUGGCAAGGACAGAGGAAGCUGGCCUCUCUUCCACACUUGGACUUGGAAAGUCACCCAGAAACCUUAGUCUCCAGCCUUUUCCAGCCUUACAAUUGACCUCGAAGGUCCUGCCCCGAUCGUGGCUUUCCAUGUGUCCCCUUCAUUUCACAUGUACUCGGAGGGAGCCACCUCAGUUCUGUGACACACUGGCCUGAUACCCAGCAACCUCAGAAGAGGGACGGGGGCAGCCGCUUUCUGUGCAAGUUCUAUUGCUACAUUUCCCUCCUACAAAGUCUAUCCAGUGAUCUGGACAAGAUAGUCAAACAAAUAAGUAGCUUGUGUCUGGGAUAGGCGUUCCCUUCCCUCUCUUCCUGACCUCUCCUUUAUAUUCCAGAAGAGAGCAACAUAUUAGUUACUGGAAAGUCAUUGGUUCCCGUGUGGGGUCAUGGGGUACAGCACUGGGACAAGGUGGGACGGUCUGAACUUUUAGCUUUUUCUCUUGGAUUUUGGGGGAGCUUCCAAAGCACUCAGUUUCACCCCGAGUUACCAGAAGACUCAAUGACAAGAUCCAUUUCUACUUGCCUGGCGGGUGUGGGAGCUGCUUUCGUUUGAGAGAGUCUUAGUUCUCCUGUCUCCUGGAGUGUCCACUUCAAUGCCUUGUCUGAGACUUCCAAAGAGCAAGACUGGUAUAUCCUCAAAUCCUCCAGAAUACGCUUAGAUCUGUUUGCAAUAUACAUUCAUAUUCAGGAUGCUUUAAUGAACCCCCAAGGACAUUGAUUGGGUGUUUUUAUUUAUGGUGUGUAUUAUAAAAGGAUAGGGGAGAGAGACAGAAAAAAACCUCACCACGUUUUUCUAUGUUAUUUUAAAUGUUUGUCAACUCUGAGGUAUCAGAUGAAUUUUUCUUAACCAUAUUGGAUUGCAGUGCAUUAUCAUACGCUAGUGUGAGACUCCUGGGGCUCUUAAUGUUGGGUGAACCACCAAACCCUGUGAUUUUUCUCUAGGGCAAAUUAAAAUUAUAGGGGAGUUUGAAAACUAUUUUUACAUGCAUAUUUGUAGAAAUUUAGGGGUGUUGUUUAGUUUUGGAAGUUUGGUAAAAGAUGUCUGCUUAAUUUUCUUACUGAAGUGAUGUUUCCCUGAGACAGGGAAAGGAACGUAGAGUAGAGUCUCAUGAAUUCAGAGGUGGGGCCACGUAGCCCCAUGCCCGCUGGCUUCCUAAGUUAGCAUUGGGCAGAUGUCAAAUGUUUUUGACCCUAGCAUGUGUGGUUUAUUUUUUAUCUUAACUUUUUCACUUUUGAAGUUUAAAGUGUUUUGGACUUUUUAAAUGUUAUUUUCUAUGAUUUCAUAUUCCUAAAACUGGUACUAGUCUGUAAUCUGUGCUUUGUAUAUUGUGCCUCUCCCAGGUGGGUAGCAGUCUGGGGUUGCAUGCUGAUAUCUGUGAAGAAAUCACCUUUGUAAGUGAGGCUGAAACUCUAAGUGUACCAUAUAUUUCCUAUAUAGGUGUAUUUUAAAUGUCCCAGAUUUGGUGAUCAGAGCAGCUAGAUUUAAAUUGGAUGGAAGCAAAACUGAUCUCUUAUGGGUCAUGCAUUUUGUGUUAAGAAGGAAGGCAGCCAGGGGCACUGUUACUUACAUAGCUGCAGACUAAGGAUCAUAAAAGGGUAACCACAGAAUGAAGUCUGUUCAGUGGUGUGGAAUGAUGAUCUUCAGACAUUCCGUGUCAAAAUAUGAAAUAUGGUAAUUCCAUGUUAUGUAUUUCUCCUAAAGCAGACAUACCCUCACCCCCUUUUGCCCAGAUUUUCCCUAGUUUUCUUGCUCACGGGCACUGGUUGAAAGCCCCCAGCCAGCACACCUGGGGUACACCCCCGCUGCUCAGCUCAAAGGGCAUGUCUUCACCUGCUUGCCAGGACCCUUCCCAGUGAAGCAGCCUGUGUGCUUGACUUCCUUAUCAAGGCUGUCACUCAGAGACUGAAGAGUCUUCUGUUUUCGUCCUCCGACACAGCCCUUCUCCUUUUGACCCAGUCUGUCCCAUGACUCUGAGAUGGCCUCAGGAGCUGCCUUGAGAAACUCGAUGCUUCAUUCAGAGUUCACCAUUGUAGACAAAUUUACACACCUCAGAAGAUGACAGGCCUCUUGCUUGACGAUCCCACGGCAAGCUUGACCUGGAGAUCUGCCUUCAUGCAAUUCUUGGUUAUAGUGAUGGAUGGAUCCUAACCCCCCAGACACAAUGAUCCAGGAAGGAAAGGCAGCUCCAUUCUUUGUUCCAUAUUUAUUUCCCCAAAUUCCCUGGGGUGCUUUUGCAGAAUGGGUACAAUAAGCGAGACCAUAAGACAUGCUCUCCAUGUUUCUUGCAAGAAGCGUUUGAGUGUUGUUAGAAUUCUUUCUAGACAGCUAGGAAGAUGUAAUGGAAGUCUGUAAUUCUGUAGAAACUGAAGUAACUUGAGUCAGUGGUGGGAGUUAUUUUAUCCCUGAGAUGUCAGCUUGAUGGCGCCUUGUUUUGGGAAGCUCUGCACUCAACUGUGUCCCCUGGCAUGAUCACAGAAGCUGCAGAUAAGACGUUCUAGAAAUCCUGUGAACUUACCUAUAACAGGAUCUUCCAGAGUCACUCAAAGACAGUUUGACAUCGUGGAGGACAGCAGGCAAGAGAGUAUUGGUUUCUCCUGCUGAGGUAUCCCCAGCUUCACCAGCAAAGCUGUGUGCCUUUCCACAGUUUUGCUUCUGGUUCCCAGAGACUCCUGGGGCACGAGGACUUGUAGAAUGCACACAUGAUGAUGUUACACUUUUGCUUUAAUGUGAACAUCCAACUGACGGGCUUGCCGUCAGUGUAUGCCUAAAUGUGCCUUGUUCAGAAACUUCUGCAUGUUUGUAAGAAAUAUUUUUGUAUACAUUGGUAGAGGGGAAAUGCACUUUAAAAAUCACAAGAAUGGAUGUUUGUGUGUGUAUGUGUGUGGUGGAAGAGAAUGGUUUCUUUGUAU